UCCGAAUCGCUAUUUAUGUUUGUGGCUUCCUCUCCCUCCGAUCCGAUGUCCCCGCCUUCGUCCCCCGCGCCGAUCCGACCUCCAGCCGCCGCGUUCUCUCCGCCGGGGACGCUCCCUCCGGCGCCGCCGGCUCCGCGCCAUGAGGAAGAAGCUCGACACCCGCUUCCCCGCGCCUCGGAUUAAGAAGAUCAUGCAAGCAGAUGAAGAUGUUGGCAAGAUUGCUCUAGCUGUACCUGUUCUUGUGUCCAAAGCGUUGGAGCUAUUUUUGCAAGACUUGUGUGAUAGGACAUAUAAUAUCACAAUUGAAAAAGGGGUCAAAACAGUGAGUUCAUCGCAUUUGAAACAGUGCAUUCAUAGUUAUGAUGUGUAUGAUUUUUUGAAGAACGUAGCCAGCAAAGUCCCAGAUUUGGGUGCACCUGAUUCUAAUGCUGAUGAUAAGCUUGGCAAAAGAAGGAAACAUGGUGAAGAUGAAAGCGAGGAGGAAACAAAGCGGACAAGAAAUGAGGCAGCAUGCCACACAAGCAACGGCAGAGGGCGUGGGAGGGGACGCGGGAGAGGUCGCCGUGCCGGGCGUGGAGCUGAGAGGGAGAUUGAACACCAUGAAUUAGCUCGCACUGAAUUUAGCAACCCAGGCCACCUAAAGGUAGAGACUGGAGAUGGUUUUGACACAACUGAAACCAAGGAGCAUACCCCUUUGAGCAAUGCCAGGGCCUCCUUAAGGAACAUUGACUUGAACUUAGAUCUUGCUGACUAUGAGGAGGAUACAGUGGCACCGCAAGCCGAUCCUGCAGCUCCGGUGGUGAUCGUGGCGUCGCAAGUCCAGACUUCAGGGCCGUCGGUUUCACUGUUGAAAGAAGUGGAGACCAAGGAUCUCCUGGGCUGGCAACUGCCUGAGAUGAACAAGAUGGCCUUGGAUCCGGUCCAGUUUGCGCUGUCGUCAAACCAUAGAUUAGAGGAGGAGGACGAAGACUAUGACAAUGAAGAAUGACGGUGACUCCAGCGUGGAUUUAGUAGGUAGACAUGACAUGAUGUACAUCCUAGCAGGCCCAGCUUGACAAUGUAGUAGCAAUUCUCUUAGUAGUAUGUGUACCCGCAGACGCUGCAGAAGUAAUUUAGGAUGUCACAUAUGUUGAUGGCUCAGUAGCCAGUAGUAGCUAUAGUAUCUUUUGUGUAGCAACCAUAUAACUAGACAGGUUCACCGGUUGUAAAUCACGGCCGCUCUUAGAUCAGAUGGUAUGUCGCAAUGCU